GCAGCCAUCUAUCUUUAUGAGCACAACUUACUAAACCUCCAAGAUAUUCUCAACUGCUGCAGGUUCUCACAAUGGAUGUGGUACCAUGUCUUGAGGCUGUGGAGAGACACUGGUGAUGUUGCCAAUCACCCAAUGGGAGUUCAUGGCUGUGUGCAUUGUCUGGAAUGUGAAGACAUUGAAUAUCUCCUAGAACUUGUUCAUGACAACCUUGACUACUUCCUUGAUGAGCUUGUCAGCCUCACAAGAACCAACAGCUUCAUAUCUAUUCAUUUCACCACUGUCUUCAAUGAACUCAAAUGUGCUGGUAUGAGCCAAAAGAAACUAAAAUGUAUUGCUGAAGGUGAGGACUUGCAACUAUGA